AUGAUGAUUCCACCGAGCGACACCGACUACGCGCGCGCUCUCCUGGCCCAUCCACCGUCUUCAGACCCCGCCGCCGUCCAGCACACCAUCUCAGCUCUCUCGCUCCAGGCACACAUCGAAGGGGGCUUCUUCGCCGAGACGGACCGAGACAAGCUCCUGGUGCCGAACCCGUUCCAGAACCUGCCGUUGCUCGCCAACGCGACGUCCCGGCAGAAGAAGGACCUGGACACCUCGGCCACCCGCAGCGCCAGCACCACCAUCUUCUACCUCGUCGCCCCGACUAGCCCGGUGGGGUACUUUCAUCGCAACCGCGCGAGGACGGUGCACACGCUGCAUCGCGGGCGGGGGCGGUACGUGAUCCUGCACGUCGACAGGCGUGACGACCAGGGCAGAGUCCCCGUCGAGUCGUUCGUCGUGGGCCAGGACGUAGAGCGCGGUGAGAAGUUGCAGUGGAUCGUGGAAGGGGGGAAGUUCAAGGCCAGUUUUUUGUUGCCUGACACUGCUGCUGCUGCUGCUGCUACCACCACCGAGGCUGCCGAGACGGGAGUGAGUGAAAAGGGUCUCUUGAUCUCGGAGACGGUCGUGCCUGGAUUCGAGUACUCGGAUCAUGAUUUCCUCACGGCAGAAGGAAUGGUGGAGUAUCUCGACCCCAAAGAAAUCGAGGAACUGAGAUGGUUGUUGAAACGAGGCGAGCAGGACAGAUUGGAUGAGGCGUUGAAGUCGAAGAAGAAAUGA